AUGCCAUAUCCAAGGACGUUCUUCGAUUUUACUGUAGGGGAUAAGCCUGUAGGAAGGGUCGUUUUCGAACUGUUCAAUGACGUUGUACCUAAAACAGCUGAAAACUUUCGAGUAUUGUGCACCGGUGAAAAGGGAGUUUCACCAAUUUCGCACGUACCGAUACAUUACAAGAAUUGCCCGGUACACAGAGUAAUAGAUGGAUUCAUGAUUCAAGGAGGCGAUUUCACAAAGAAAAAUGGUAGUGGCGGUGAGAGCAUAUGGGGUAAACCAUUCAAUGAUGAGAGAUUGGAAGGUGAUGGAACAGAUGUUGACAAGAAAGGCCUCUUGGUUAUGGCAAACCGGGGUCCAAAUACCAAUGGAAGUCAAUUCUUCAUUACCCUCGCCCCUGCACCUCAUCUUACUGGAAAGCAUGUUGUCUUUGGCCGAGUGAUAUUCGGUAUGGAGCAUAUCGAUGCAAUAGGUAAACUUUCCACGGAUGAUAGGGAUCGACCGUUGUCGCCCGUGAUAAUCUCACAUUGUGGUGAAUUAGAACUUCGUCGUCCACCACCAAAACCAAGAUCACCGUCGAUAUCUGCAUCCAUCUCUUCCAGAUCAGCUUCACCAGAUGAAAAGAGGAAAUCAAAGUCCAAAUCGAAAUCGAAGUCGCGAAGGGAAAGUGACAUGGAAGAUUCUGAUUCUGACGAUUCAAGAGAUCGUAGGAGAAGGAGAAAAGACCGUAAAAAAGAUAAGAAAGACAAGGAAAAGAGGAAAGAUAAGAAACCCAGAGAAGAAACGGAAGAGGAAUUGGACGCAAGACUUGAAAGGGAAGAAAAAGAAAGAAUAGAGAAACAACGUUUGGAGAGAUUGGAAAUCAUGAAAAAACAAUUAGAGGAUGAGAGACAAAAGAUCAAAGAUGCUGGUGGUGUGGUCUACAAAGGACGAGGAGCUAUGAGGUUCCUUGAUCCCGAAACCACCCACCGAUCAAUGCCCACGAAUUUCGAUUCUCGUAAACCUGACCCUAGAGCUAGAAGACCCCCACCACCUCAUAUCAACGAAAGGAGAGAACGUGAGAGAAACCAAGAUCGACGACCCGAAACGAAUCAGCGCGACAGAUUAGAUCGUGAUAUGGAUAAAUGGCAACAUGAUAGAUCACACGCACACGUCAGUGAUAGAGAAAGGGAGAAAUUCAGGAGAGGCAGAAGCGAUAGUUUGGACAGACAAAGAAGGCCAAGUCCAAGUGGAGAGAAAGAGAGAAGUCCGAGUCCAAUCAGAAAUGGUAGAAGCGUCAACCAAAAGUCCCCUAGCCCAAGAAUGAGAUCUGAAUCUCCUCUUAGAGGAAGGACAAGGUCAAGAUCGCUUGGAGGGAAGUCGGAUGGAAGUGAUAUGGUUCUAGAUGCGGAAGAUUAA